ACCUGCUGGGUGUGGAGGAGGAGCAGCUGCUUCAGGAUCAGGUGUGCCUCUCAAGGGAUGAGCUCAUCCUUCCAACCAGACCUGCCCUAGACGUGAAUGUUUUUCUGAUUGCCAAGUCCCGCAGCUGGGAGAAGCAGGAAGUGAUUUUGACGCUUCAGGCACUUCGUGAGUAGUGAAACAAACAAAACAAAACAAAACAGAAAAACCUAUUUGCGACUUUUUUGAAAUGUGUGGCUGUGGAUUUCAGAUUGAAGCUCUCCGGCACGGCUUGCUAUUCUAGUCUCAGAAGAAAGGAGAAGAAACUUUCCGAAGAUCUGGAUGGGACUCUAGGAUUUGGCACACAUUGUGAAGAAGAGCAUCAACAAAAACCCCAGAUAAUCUAAAGCAGCUCCUUGUCCUUGUGGAAUCUUGGUCAGUUGCUUAGAACUUGAAUUUUUGUUUCAGAGAAUGUUGGGACAAGGAGGGUUCUGUUGGAUUCCUGUUUAUCCAUCUGCCUCUCCUUUUAGUUGGAAAACUCUCCAGUCCAUAAGAAGCCUUAUAAACAAGCCUGAAGAGCAAAUCAUACUCUGAUCCUGGAGACUGGUGGAGUUGAGGGUCACGUCCAUUUCGGCAGGAAUUCUGGAGGCAACGGAAGAAAGCCUGAAGGAGUUGACACUGCCAGUUUCUCCGUGUGCAUUAAUCCUGCGCCAUGUGACACUGUUCGGAACAGUGAGAGGCGGGUCUAGCAUCAGAAGCUAAGAGGAUACCUGGGCCAUUUGAGUUUCAUACGUGGUGCUUGACAAGUUGGAAACUUGAAAUCUUUUGGGAUAAAUCUACAAAAAUUCAAGAUUUGCUUUCCUUUGAGGACUUCAGUAGAUGAAGCUGCUCUACCAUAAAGAAGUGAGGUCUUCUCUGUGUUUCUAGGCUAAAUGUGAACAAUAAUGUCUUGGAAGAGAAAUUACUUUUCCGGGGGCCGUGGGAGUGUCCAAGGGAUGUUUAUGCCUCGAAGCUCAGCCUCCAUAGCCCCUAGCAAAGGCCUCAGCAAUGAGCCAGGGCAAAACAGCUGCUUCCUCAACAGUGCCCUGCAGGUCUUGUGGCACUUAGACAUCUUCCGACGUAGUUUUAGACAGCUUACGACUCACAAGUGCAUGGGAGAUUCCUGCAUCUUUUGUGCUCUCAAGGGAAUCUUUAACCAGUUUCAGUGCAGCAGUGAAAAAGUGCUUCCAUCUGACACUCUCCGCAGUGCACUGGCAAAGACUUUCCAGGAUGAACAGCGUUUCCAGCUGGGAAUUAUGGAUGAUGCUGCGGAGUGCUUUGAAAACCUCCUGAUGAGAAUUCACUUCCACAUUGCUGAUGAAACCAAAGAGGAUAUAUGUACUGCCCAACACUGCAUAUCUCACCAGAAAUUUGCAAUGACCCUGUUUGAGCAGUGUGUGUGUACCAGCUGUGGUGCCACUUCGGACCCGCUGCCUUUCAUCCAGAUGGUGCAUUACAUUUCCACCACUUCCCUUUGCAACCAGGCUAUUUGUAUGCUGGAAAGGCGAGAAAAACCUUCCCCCAGCAUGUUUGGUGAACUGCUGCAGAACGCCAGCACCAUGGGGGAUCUGCGCAACUGUCCUAGCAACUGCGGAGAGAGGAUCAGGAUUCGCCGUGUGCUGAUGAAUGCUCCACAGAUUAUUACCAUUGGGCUGGUGUGGGAUUCGGACCACUCUGAUUUGGCAGAGGAUGUCAUCCACAGCCUGGGCACCUGCCUCAAGCUGGGUGAUCUGUUUUUCAGAGUGACUGAUGACCGGGCCAAGCAGUCUGAGCUGUAUUUAGUAGGAAUGAUCUGUUACUAUGGCAAACAUUAUUCUACAUUCUUUUUUCAAACAAAGAUCCGCAAAUGGAUGUAUUUUGAUGAUGCUCAUGUUAAGGAGAUUGGACCCAAAUGGAAAGAUGUGGUGACCAAAUGCAUCAAGGGACAUUAUCAGCCUUUGCUGCUGCUGUACGCAGACCCCCAGGGCACCCCUGUGUCCACUCAGGACCUGCCUUCCCACGCUGAGCUGCAGUCCUACAGCAGGACAUGCUACGACAGUGAAGAUUCGGGGAGGGAGCCCUCCAUCUCAAGUGACACUCGAACAGAUUCCUCAACGGAGAGCUAUCCCUACAAACACUCUCACCAUGAGUCUGUGGUCAGUCACUUCUCUUCUGAUUCUCAGGGGACAGUCAUCUGUAAUGUGGAGAAUGACUCCAUGUCCCAGAGCAGUCGGGACACAGGACACCUGACUGAUAGUGAAUGUAAUCAGAAACACACUUCCAAGAAAGGAACCCUGAUCGAGCGCAAGAGGAGCUCUGGCCGAAUUAGGAGGAAAGGCGAGGAGCCCCAGGCCUCAGGCUACCACAGUGAAGGAGAGACACUGAAAGAGAAGCAGGCUCCUAGGAAUGCCUCCAAGCCAUCCGGCAGCACUAACCGGCUGAGAGAUUUUAAAGAGACAGUCAGCAACAUGAUUCAUAACAGGCCUUCCCUGGCUUCUCAGACUAGUGUAGGCUCUGCCUGUGCAGGGAGGGCCGAGCAGUCUGACAAAAAACCUCCCAGGAGCCUGCCCUUACAUACUCAUGACUGGGAAAUAGAGAGCACCAGCAGCGAGUCAAAAUCCAGUUCUUCCAGCAAGUACCGUCCAACGUGGCGACCCAAGCGAGAGUCCCUGAACAUCGACAGCAUCUUUAGUAAGGACAGAAGGAAGCACUGCGGCUAUAUCCAGCUUAGCCCCUUUUCUGAAGAUUCAGCUAAAGAAUUGACACCAGAGGAGGUAAGCAAGCCACCUGCUUAUGACCUUAAAGCUGGAGGACCAAGCCCCCCGUACAAGCCCUGGGGCCCAGUGCGGCCAGGCUCCCACCUUUUAGAGCAGCACCCUCGCCUAAUUCAGCGAAUGGAGUCUGGCUAUGAGAGCAGCGAGAGGAACAGCAACAGCCCCGUCAGCCUGGACGCUGCCCUGCCUGAGAGCUCCAGUGUCUGCAGGGAUUCAAGUGCUAAGAGAUCAGUUGGCUUUGUCCCUUCCUGGCGUCAUAUCCCGAAGUCUCACAGCAGUAGCAUCCUGGAGGUGGAUUCUACAGCACCCAUUAGUGGCUGGACAAAGAGUCAGCCUUUCUCAGGUGGGGAGAUAUCUUUGAAAAGUGAACUGGAUGAACUGCAGGAGGAGGUGGUCAGGAGGGCCCAGGAGCAGGAACUUCGAAGAAAGCGAGAGAAGGAGUUAGAGGCGGCUAAAGGAUUCAACCCUCAUCCCAGCCGCUUCAUGGACUUGGAUGAACUGCAGAAUCAGGGGAGGAGUGACGGCUUUGAGCGGUCCCUGCAAGAGGCAGACUCAGUGUUGGAAGAGUCGCUGCGUAUGGAGCAAAAGGGAGACUGUGCUGCAGCUUUGGCGCUCUGUAACGAAGCUAUCUCUAAACUAAGACUUGCCCUGCAUGGUGCCAGCUCUAGCACGCACAGCAGAGCCCUAGUCGAUAAGAAGUUGCAAAUAAGUAUUCGAAAAGCACGGAGCCUGCAGGAUCGCAUGCAGCAGCAGCAGCAAGCAUCGCAGCAGCCGUCGCAACCCUCAGCCUGCCUCCCAUCACAGGGGGGCACCUUCCCUCAGCCAACAAGUGAACAGCCUGUCCCGCUCCAAGUAUUGUUAAGCCAGGAGGCCCACUUGGAAUCCUGCACCAACCCAGAGUUUGGAGCCAGUUCUUUCUUCCACUCACCUGCUUCCUGCCAUGAGCCACACUCAUCACUCUUCCCAGAGUCACCUGCCCCAUCAGCCCCACAGCACCGCUCUCCCAGUAGAUCUUCCUUGAAGCUUCUGACUUCAGUGGAGGUGGACAACAGUGACCACUCUGCAGUCCACAGGCAGGGUUUCCCCCAAACCCCAGAGAGGACAGAGAAGACAUCUCCUCCUGGCUGGGUGCCAUCAGCUGCCUCAGAGGGGAAGCCACAAGGCCAUAGGGAUGACAACGGCUGCAGCAAGUUCCCUCCACAAGAAGGAAGAAGCAUUGCUCAAGACCUGAUGCUCCAAGAAAAGAGGGAGCCCACUGACCAGACCGUGGUGAUACCUGGACCGCACCCCGCUGCAACAGCUUCCUCUGAGAAAGAUGGGCACCCUUUGGGUUCCUCAGCUCAGCCCAGCCUUCCCCCAUACAGGGCCUGCCACACCAUAUUGCCUGCUGCUGCUUCAUCUGUGCUUCACUCUCCUGAUGCUGUGCAGAAAGCUAACCAUUGUCUCCAAGCCCAAAGCCCCAAAACGCCACUGACUUCAAAAGUUGACAGAGGCAGUGAGGGCCCCUCCAGGCCCGACUUUCCCAGCACCAAGGGACUUGUCCGUUCUUUGACAGAGCAGUUCCAGAGGAUGCAAGGUGCAUCCACAAGGGACAGUCCAAGUUCCCAGGAAAGACAUUUGUCAAAUAGUUUUAAAAAGAACUCUUCCCCUUCUGACUUGAAGCCUCUUUUUGUACAGGAUCAAGGCAAAGGUCACGGCCCUUGGGCAAAUCAGCAACCCUCUCUGGACGGUAGGGACAGACUGCCUUCCUGGGAAGACCCUGCUGACCAUCAUUAUCUUGCCACGAACUCUGGACUGCCUAAUGGUGAAACUGCUGGGGGAAGCCAACCUCGGUUGGCAGAGUCAGGUACACAUCAAGGGAAGCUGUCCCAAGUAAGAGAUGCUAGGCCUAAGGAGCCAGGCAGUAGUAUCGACUUGGGGUCUUCCUUGCCUCUGGACUCCUGGGUGAAUGCCACCAGGCUCUGUGAUUCUCAGCUUAAACAUGGGGUUCCUGAGCCAGGAAUUAUGUCUUCCUCCCACAAUUCCCAUACGUGUGUAACCUAUUCAGAGAGAAAUCAUAUCCUUUUGCAUCCACAUUGGAACCAAGACACGGAGCAGGAGACCUCAGAACUGGAGUCUCUCUACCAGGCGAGUCUUCGGGCUUCUCCAGCUGGAUAUCCUGGAUGGGGGCAGGAGGAUGUAGCCUGGCACUCACUUAGCCAAACAGGCUCUGCCGAUGGCAUGCGAAGGAGGCUUCACUCUGCCCCCGGUCCUGGUCUCUCCAAGACCCCAACAGCAGAAAUGGAGCUGCGUCCUCACGAAGCCAGCACAGCACCUGCGGCUCAGGCUGCCGCUUGCCGAGGCCUCAGCAGGGAGUGUGGGGAGGAUGAACAGUACAGUGCAGAGAACUUUCGCCGCAUCUCACGCAGUCUCAGUGGCACCGUUGUCUCAGAGAGGGAGGAGGCUCCAGUCUCUUCCCACAGGAUUGAUUCAUCAAACAUGCGGAAAAAGCCUUUGGAAACUUGGCACCGUUGUUCCAGCUCCUCUUCCCUCCCUGUCAUCCAUGACCCUCCUGUGUGUCUCCUUGGUCCCCAACUCUACCCUCCCCAACCACAGUUCCUGUCCCCAGAUGUCCUGAUGCCCAGCAUGGCAGGGGAGCCCCAUAGAUCCCCAGGAACUUCGAGGAGUGUCCACCAGUUUUUGGCUGUGUGUGACAGGGGUGAAGCUUCCCAAGGGGUCAAGUACACAGGAAGGACUUUGAACUACAGGAGCCUCCCCCAUCGCUCCAGAGCAGAUGCCUCCUGGGGACCCUGGGCCAAGACCAACCAGCGUGCAGAGGCCACAUUCCUGACUACUGCUGAGCACAAGCCUCAGCUAACCUACACUGCCACACUACCAGAAAGAAGCCAGGGCCUACAGGUUCCUCACGCUCAGUCCUGGGGAGAUCUUUUCCAUUCACCCUCCCUGCCUCCUGUCAUUCCCCCUGUGUCCUCACCAUCCAGCAGUCUUCAUGUACCCCUGAGGUCAGCUUGGAAUGCGGGUCCUGUUCCCGGGUUCCGAGCCCCUGGUCCUCGAAGAGUAGAUAUGCCACCAGAUGACGACUGGAGGCAAAGCAGUUAUGCUUCGCAAUCUGCACACCGGAGGAGAGGGGCCGAAGGGUUUCUGUUUGUUCUCACAGAUACACCAGGAAGAGAACAGAACAGGGCUAGAGCCCUGCAGCACAGUAGGUGGUAAGGGUCACCGCUGCCCUUCCCUGGGGCCACCCCUUUCUAGUGAGGCACAGAGGGUACCCUGCAUCCUUGCCAGGAUUGUGCCAUUCUCACCUCAACCAAGAACUGGCAAUUUCUCCUAAGAAUGCCAGGAAGCUUUAAACUUGAGACCUGGCUCUUUAACAAAAGAUAUUUGAAAUUCCAACUCCCAUGUCCCCUAGCAAAAGGAAGCAGCUGCUGUGUAAGACUUUGAGUCACUUUAAAGAUUAAUCUAUAAUAUUACUCAUGACACUAGCCAUUCCUUGGGGUCUUGUCAUUAUUUUAUCCCUGGAUAUUCUAUCUGCCCACUUUCACCUAAGCCAUCAUUACCUGUUCCCCUACUGUGUUCCCAACGUACAUUCUUUCUUUGUCCCACCUACCUGACCCUUUCUCUUCUCAGCUCUAUCCUUAGAGAGAUAUGUAACCCUGAGGUUCUAGUGCUACCACAUCCUUCAGGACAGCCCACCUGCCCGGGAGUUAUGGCCUCUCUACCUUCCCUGUCUUCCUACACCUUAAACUUGGAAUGCAGAGCUGCCAAUAUAACAUUUGCCCUUCUGAACAGAUGGAGUCAGGCACACUAACACACCCUCCUGUCAGCAGCAGAGCCAUCACUGCCACUGCUCAGUCGCCGUUGUAAACCCUCAGAGUCAGCUGAACUAUUUUAGGGCCAAACAUACUGUUUUUUGUAAAGUAUUUUUCAUUAAUAAAUCUAUAAGAUAGUUCUAUUUAA